AUGCGACGUCGAGAUGAACAGUUUCCAGAUAAUGGAUUCGAGGCUUGGGGUGGAUACAUGCAGGCGAAAGUUGCAAAAUUGGAAGAACAGUUUUCUUCUGAAGCUAUUAAAGAGAACAAAUUGUCAGAUAUAUUUAAUGGAAUUAGUAUUUUCGUCAACGGCUUUACAACUCCUUCAGCAGAUGAAUUAAAGGAAUUAAUGGCUAGACAUGGUGGUGUUUAUCAUACUUAUCAAAGAAGAGAAGAUUUUAUAAUAGCUUCUAAUUUACCAGAUACUAAAGUAAAAAAUAUGUCCUUAGGAAGAGUAGUUAAGCCUGAAUGGAUAACAGAUAGUAUAGCAGCUAAGCACUUAUUAGAUUAUAAAGAAUACUUACUCUACAGGCAUUCUAAAUCUCAAGGAAUACUAAAGUUUGAUUUGAAAAAUAAAGUUGAAGUAAAAGAAGCAGACGAGGAAAAAAGUUCCAGCAACAUUCUUUUUAAUAAAUUUUCUGAUGAAACAAAACCCUGUGUUCAAAUUGUAAAGAAUAAUGAGCCCGAGACCCCUAACAAUUCAUCUACUACAAACAUAAUAACAUGUGAUCAAGUUGUUAAAACAGCAAGCAAUCCUAACUUUAUUACAGAAUUUUAUAAUAAUUCUAGAUUACAUCACAUUUCACAACUUGGUGCUUGCUUUAAACAACAUGUGAAUGAUCUUCGAGAAAAUAGCAAUUUUAAAUACCCAGCUAGGGCUGAUUUAAAGAACAGAAUAAUAAAAUUGAAAAGUAUAAAUAAGAGCUUAUCUAAAUUAAAUUUUACUAAUGAUAAAACUAUAAUGCACAUAGAUAUGGACUGUUUUUUCGUAUCAGUUGGAUUGCGUAAGAGGCCCGAACUCAGAGGCAAACCCGUGGCUGUUACACAUUCAAAAGGUGGACAAGGUCGGUCAAAAAGGCCAGGUGUGGAUAGAGAAGCUGAAUUUAACUUGUAUAAACAAAAACAAACUAAAAAGGUAUGUCAAGCUACUGAAAUAAUUGAAGAUGAUGUAAAAAUUGAAACAAGAGUGGAUAAUAUAACUGAUGAAGAUGAUAAAUUUGGAUCUAUGAGUGAAAUUGCAUCUUGUUCAUAUGAAGCUAGAGCUAAGGGUAUCAGUAAUGGAAUGUUUAUGGGGCCAGCUUUACGGCUAUGUCCAGAUUUAAAAACUAUACCAUAUGAUUUUGAAGAAUAUAAAGAAGUAGCUUACACACUAUAUAAUACUAUAGCCCAGUAUACAUUAGAUAUAGAGGCUGUUUCUUGUGAUGAAAUGUAUGUUGAUUGCUCUGGGAUAUUGGAAGAGCUUCAAGUAAGUGUUGAUGAUUUUGCAACUGCCAUAAGACAAGAAAUUAAAGAUAAAACUGGGUGUCCUUGUUCAACAGGAUUUGGAGGGAACAGGCUUCAAGCACGAUUAGCAACUAAAAAAGCAAAGCCAGAUGGACAAUUUUUUCUCACAUCUGAUUUAGUUGAUGAUUUUAUUUUCAGUAUUAAGCUAAGGGAUCUUCCAGGUGUUGGUAGACAAAUAGCUCAUAAGUUAGAAUCUCUCGGGCACCAAACGUGUGGAUCACUUCAGAGUAUAUCAUUAUUUAAUCUUCAGCAACAAUUGGGCAACAAAACUGGUGAACAAUUAUAUAACCAAUGUCGUGGCCUUGAUCCUAACCCUUUAACAUAUCAUACUAUUAGAAAAUCAGUAUCAGCUGAAGUUAAUUAUGGAAUUCGUUUUCAAAAUAAUGAUGAAUGUGAAGAGUUUUUGAAACAACUAGCAUCUGAAGUAAAUUCUAGGAUGCAACAGUUUAAAGUUAUAGGAAAGUGUAUCACACUGAAAUUAAUGAUAAGAGCAAAAGAGGCUCCAGUGGAAACUGCCAAAUUUAUGGGUCAUGGUUUCUGUGAUAUUGUCAACAAAUCUGCAAAUCUACCUACGGCGACUAGUGAUGUAAAUAUUAUUACUAAGGAAGUUAUUUCUUUAUGUAAGAAAUUAAAUAUAGACCCAAAAGAAAUGCGAGGAGUUGGAAUUCAAAUUACAAAGUUAGAACUAACAAAUGCAAAGCAAGUUGUUGGAACUAUUAAUAAGUUUUUAACAACAAAAAAUGAAGUAAAAUCAGAAAAUGUUAAACCACAAAAACAUAGUGUUGUCUAUGAAUCAAAAACAUUUCCUACUACACCAAAUAAACAAAAACUCAAUAUGUUACCUGAAAAGAGAUCACCAAUAAUAGGAACUAUUAAAUCUCCUACAAGAAAAAGAAGAGGUAGACCAUCAAAAAUCACUAAAAGUCAUGCCUCUACUUCACAAAACCUGAUAAACAAAUUCCUGCAAGGGCAAAGUAUAUCCAGAGAAAUAAGCAUUAAAAAGCAGGAUGUUUCUGAGGAAAAACUGAAAGAUAUUAAACCAAUUAAGAAAAAAGAAAUUAAACAAGAUGGUCUGCUUGCAUUGCCAUGGGAUAAAGUUAGAGAAUUACUCAGAGCAUGGUUUGAUAGUGGACAGACACCAAAGCAAUGUGAUAUUAAUUUAAUUUCACAAUAUAUGAGUGAAAUGGUGGUUAACAGACAUAUAGACAAGUUGUAUAUUUUACUAAACUUUAUGAAAAGGCGAAUUAACGAAAUGAACAAUGAAAUCUGGAAUGGAGUUGAACACUAUAUUAUAGAAGAAGUACAAAGUGCUAUGUUGGCAGUUUAUGGGAAAAAACUCUGGAUAAGUGAGGAA